GCGGUUCCGGCCGCGCCCCGCGGAAGCCGCAGCGCCGCCGGGUCCAUGUGGCGCCGGCUCCGCUCCGCCCUCCGGAGCCUCCGCGGCUCCCCCGCCGUGCCCCCGCCCGGCGGCGGUGGUGGUGGUGGAGCCGCCGCCGCCGCCGCCAUGGAGCGCGCCGUGGUGCGCUGCGUGCCGUCCGAGCCCAAACUGAGCCUGCGGUUCGUGCUGCCCGACGGCAGCGCCCGGCACAUGCAGCGCGACCAGGGGGAGCCGCUGGGGCGGGCGCUGGCGCGGAUCGCCACCAACGCCGCCAAGGGCCACGGCAAGGCGGGCAAGAAGAGCAAGAAGGCGCGGGCGGAGGAGGGCGCGGAGGGCGGGGAGGCGGCGGCGGCGGCGCCGGCCGUGCGGUUGUUCUCCCGCGACGGCGCGGCGGUGGCCGAGGAGGUGCCGAACGCGGCCGCCUGGCAGGACGGGGCCGUGCUGCACAUCGGCACCGCCCGGUACCGCGUGGAGCGCAACCCGCCCGCGCUCACCGAGCUGCGCCUGCCGCGCUCGCUGCUCGCCGGCUUCCCCGUGUGCCCCAAGGUGAGCGCCGAGUUCGCGGCCCCGCAGCACUGCCUGUUCCGCUGGUACCGCGAGCAGCGCCCCGCGGGCGGCGGGGACGCGCCGGGCGAGGCCUGGGUGGAGGCGGCGGAGGGCGAGCGCGUGUUCACGCCGUCCAACGCGCUGGUGGGGCUGCGGCUGAAGCUGCGCUGCACGCCCGGGGACGGGGAGCAGCGCUACGGGACCGCACGGGAGGUGGAGAGCAGCGGCCCCGUGGAGGCCGGGCCUGGCGCCUGCACUUUCGACAACCGGCACCUCUACACCAAGAAGGUCUGCGGGCAGGGCUCGGUCCGCGCCGUGUCCUACAACAUCCUGGCCGACACCUACGCCCAGACGGAGUUCUCCCGCACCGUGCUCUACCCCUACUGCGCUCCCUACGCCCUGGAGAUCGACUACCGCCAGAACCUGCUCAAGAAGGAGCUGGCGGGAUACAGCGCCGACCUCAUCUGCCUGCAAGAGGUGGAUAAGUCUGUCUUCGUGGACAGCUUGGCCCCGGCCCUGGAUGCUUUUGGACUCGAAGGGCUGUUCAAGAUUAAGGAGAAGCAGCACGAAGGCCUGGCCACCUUCUAUCGCAGGGACAAGUUCAGCCUCCUCAGCCAGCACGACAUCGCGUUCAGCGAAGCCCUGCUCUCGGAGCCGCUGCACAAGGAGCUGUGCGAUCAGCUGGCCAAGUACCCCCUGGUGCAGGAGAAGGUGCUGCAGAGGUCGUCUGUGCUGCAGGUUUCGGUUCUUCAGUCUACAACUGAUCCUUCCAGGAAGCUUUGUGUAGCAAAUACCCACCUAUACUGGCACCCCAAAGGUGGGAACAUCCGGCUCAUCCAAAUUGCUGUAGCCUUGUCCCACAUCAAGCACGUCGCGUGUGACCUGUAUCCCGGUAUCCCAGUCGUAUUCUGUGGAGAUUUUAAUAGCACCCCAUCAUCAGGAACUUACAGCUUUAUCAGCAGUGGUGUCAUUGCAGAAGAUCACGAGGACUGGGUGUCCAAUGGGGAAGAAGAAAGGUGCAGUAUGGCUCUGAGCCACCCUUUCAAACUGCUGAGUGCUUGUGGAGAACCUGCUUAUACAAACUAUGUUGGUGGCUUUCACGGGUGCCUGGACUACAUUUUCAUUGACAAAAACGCUCUAGAGGUUGAACAAGUCAUUCCAUUGCCAACUCAUGAAGAAGUAACAACCCACCAGGCUUUGCCAAGUGUUUCACAUCCUUCUGAUCAUAUAGCACUAAUAUGUGACUUAAAGUGGAAAUAGAGCAGCUCUGGCAUGGUGCUUUUGAGGGUUUUCAAACCAGAAAUUUAGUGUAUUGCUGAGGAACUGAGGUUACACCCUGACUUGUAUGCUACUAAAAGGAAAGCCAAAACUAUUACUGAAAAGUUCAUGUGUUUAAUGGUUCUACCGAAUAUUAUCACACCGUUCAGAAUAUUUGCAUGAUAAGUUUCCCCUUUUUUAUAUGCUAAUGGGAAAAAUGUAUUUAAGACAUGGCUUUGAAAAUUGGAUUAUCAUAUACCUUUUUAUUGGUGUUUCUAAAGGAUUAAGAAUUAUUUUAUUAAAAACAUAGAAAUUUAAUCUGAUUUGUAAUACAGCGUACAAAUUGAACCCUGUUUAAUUCAGAACCACACACAGAAUCCAAACCCAAAUGGAUUUAGUUGAUUCAACCUCACUGUAAUUUUUAAAAAAUGACAAUUUUUUAAAAAUAAGUUCAGAAAUUGUCUCGUUCACUUACCAUUACUGUAUCCCAACUUUUUAGUAAAUGGCAUGAACAAAUGUACUUGUACCUAAGACCUUCUGAAAAUGUGUUCUUAAUUUUCAGUGAAUAGACUUUCUGACAACAAUCAACCAUGUUAAAUUCAAGUUUAUAAUUGAUAUGGAAGCAUUUUGCUUGCCCAUAUAACGUGGGCACUGAGGGUAACAUUAGCACCUAGUGAAACCGGACUACGUGUAGAGGUGGCAUCUACUUGGAACAUCUCUUCCUUCUGUUGUUUUGAGUCAUUGGCAAGAAAAGAAAUACCAGAGUUUAGGACAACCAGCUUUGGAUGGGAGGGAGCUUUUCAUCAAUAUUGUCUGUUUCCAGAGGAGUUAGUGUGGUGCAUUAGCUGUCUGUGCCUAAAUCUUGAAAAAGAAACACAAGUGACUUGCAAACCUUUAACACAAUGUUUCCAUUUUGCUCCUCUCUUACAUACAAAGCCUGAAUUUUUAAGUGUUAUUACCUGCAUUUUUUCCUUCUAGAAAUAGCCUAGUUUUCCUUAUUUUGUAGGAGAUAAUUUGGAUGUGAGAAAAUGUAUUUAUCCAUACCUUCAUUGAAUUUGUUGGAGAGAGUUGAGUCAUUUAACAAGCUUCUUGCUUUGCAUCAUUAGUACAUAAGAAACAAAGGGAAUUUGGAGACCAUUUGGAGACCAUUUCCUCUUUCACCUAAUAAAGCUCCCUGUGUCAAUUGUCUCUCA